CCAAAAACCACAUCUCUCAUUGAACGAAAGAUUCCCGUGUUGGACAAGUUACGAGGCUCUUCAAGGUGCUGUCCGAUUGCUUCUUCUAUUCGGCCAUGGCUGCUCCCCGACUUUUCCGCCCAGCAGCUCGUCUGCUUUCCUCGCGCCUUCCCUCAACUCCUCUUCGCCCGGCUUUCUCGCAAACUACCUGCACACCUUCCGUCCUGCGCUUCCGGGGUUACGCCACCGAGACUGGUACCAAGGAGGUCACAGUUCGUGAUGCUCUGAACGAGGCGCUCGCGGAGGAGCUUGAGGGCAAUGAGAAAACUUUCAUCAUGGGCGAGGAAGUCGCGCAGUACAACGGAGCAUACAAGGUGACGAGAGGUCUGUUGGACCGCUUCGGUCCGAAGAGAGUCAUCGACACCCCCAUCACGGAGGCUGGCUUCACUGGUCUCGCUGUCGGCGCUGCUCUUGCCGGCCUGCACCCAAUUUGCGAGUUCAUGACCUUCAAUUUUGCCAUGCAAUCCAUCGAUCAGAUCAUCAACUCCGCUGCCAAGACGCACUACAUGUCCGGAGGAAUUCAACCUUGCAACAUCACUUUUCGCGGGCCUAAUGGAUUUGCUGCCGGUGUUGCUGCUCAGCACUCUCAGGAUUAUUCUGCAUGGUACGGUAGCAUCCCUGGUUUGAAGGUUGUUGCUCCCUGGAGCGCCGAAGAUGCCAAGGGUUUGCUGAAGGCUGCCAUUCGUGACCCCAACCCCGUUGUUGUUCUGGAAAAUGAGCUUCUGUACGGUCAGGCCUUCCCCAUGAGUGAGGCCGCCCAGAAGAAUGACUUUGUCCUUCCCAUUGGCAAGGCUAAAAUCGAACGCCCUGGCAAGGACCUCACCAUUGUUUCUCUCUCCCGCUGUGUCGGCCAGUCGCUCAACGCCGCUGCCCAACUCAAGCAGAAGUACGGUGUGGAGGCUGAAGUCAUCAACCUUCGUUCUGUUAAGCCUCUUGAUGUGGAGACUAUCAUUCAGUCCCUCAAGAAGACCGGCCGUAUCAUGUGUGUUGAGUCCGGUUUCCCCAUGUUUGGUGUCGCCUCUGAGAUCCUUGCUCUCUCCAUGGAGUAUGGCUUCGAUUACUUGACUGCACCCGCUGUCCGUGUCACUGGUGCUGAGGUCCCUACUCCCUACGCCGUUGGCUUGGAGCAGAUGAGCUUCCCCCAGGAAGACACCAUUGUUAACCAGGCCGCCAAGCUGCUGCGCUUGUAAGAUAGUCCGGUCUUCAUGAAGAACAAGCGCUGUUGAAGAACAACCACAGAUAAUAAAGCCUCGUGUGCCUAGCACCCUGUGAUUGUUGCCAAUCACUCCCAAUAUUCCAUCUCGCCCUGCCUUCCCAUCUGAUCUGAAUUUUGUACGACUACACAACAGAACCAAUUCCAAUUUGCAUUGUUAGACAACAACUCAUGAUGACCUAGUUCCUAUAGAUCUCUUCAUGCGCUGAUGCUUCAAAAAUUCUUUUUGUAGUUGUCCAGUCACCAAAAUGUACCGUUAAAUGAGGAUGCCAUGCCUUAUACACGUUGAUAUUCACAGUUAGGAAUUUGCUCUACCAGUAUGGUGGAACG